GUCUCGCGCUGUCAUCUUUCUUUUCGCAUCAAGCAUCGCCUUGAAAGCACGUCCACGUUUUUAACUGUGGGAAAUAAAUCAAUUUUCAUCAAUAUUUUCGCCUGAAAAUGGUUUCCAAGAAGCCGGUUAGCAAGAAAAAGGGAGUUGGCAAGAAAGUUGCUGCCGCUCCCCUCGCCACGAAGAAGGUUGAGGUUAAGAAAGUGGUUAAUCCGCUUUUCGAGAAGAGGCCAAAAAAUUAUGGCAUUGGCAACAACAUCCAACCCAAACGUGAUUUGUCGCGUUUCGUUAGAUGGCCCAAAUACAUCCGCAUCCAACGUCACAAGGCAAUUUUGCAAAAGCGUUUGAAGAUUCCUCCCCCAAUUAACCAAUUCUCCCAAGCUUUGGACAAGCAAACUUGCGUUCAAUUGUUCAAAUUGUUGGAGAAAUAUCGUCCUGAGACGAAAUUGGCGAAGCAAAAUCGCUUGAAGGCCAAGGCUGAAGCUAAGGCUGCUGGAAAGGAGGAACCUCCAACGAAGAAGGGCAACAUUAUCCGUGCUGGCGCCAACUCUGUCACCAAAUUGGUUGAACAAAAGAAGGCACAACUCGUUGUUAUCGCUCACGACGUUGAUCCCAUCGAGAUGGUUCUCUUCCUCCCCGCCUUGUGCCGCAAAAUGGGCGUUCCAUACUGCAUCAUCAAGGGCAAGGCUCGUUUGGGUCGUCUCGUGCACCGCAAGACCUGCACAACUCUAUGCUUGACGCAAGUCGACAACGCCGACCGUUCCAACUUGGCUAAAUUGGUUGAAACCAUCAAGACCAACUACAACGAUCGCCAUGAGGAGAUCCGUCGUCAUUGGGGAGGCGGUCAAUUGGGACCCAAGAGCACAGCACGUACUGCCAAGCUCGAGAAGGCGAAGCAACGUGAAUUGGCCCAAAAACAAACCGCUUAAAUUCUUUGAAGACAACAUGAAAAUUUGAAAUGAAAUGAUGUUGAAAGAGAAAAU